UGCUGCAAAGAGUGGCUGAAGUCUUUUGGAAGAAGGUACAAUGUGUCCACGGCACACCUGAGACUAUUGUGACUGACAGAGAUAAGGUAUUCCUUAGUAACUUUUGGUAAUCCUUGUUCAAAUUAUUGGGUACUCAACUACAUUAUAGCACUACUUACCACCCCCAAAGUGAUGGUCAAACAGAGAGAGUGAAUAAAUGUCUAGAAAAUUAUUUGAGAUGUAUGGUUGUUAACAGGCCAACCAAUUGGAAGCAUUGGUUGCAUGCUGCAGAGUGGUGGUAUAACACCAAUUUUUACACAAGCUUACAAUGCACACCCUUUGAAGCACUAUAUGGUUAUUCCCCUCCACAAUUAUCAAUUGGACCACUCCUUGAUACUGUGGUACCAAUUUAUUCGUCAGGAUGUGAUCAUGAGAAGGCAACAGGUUCAACAACUAUUGAGGGACAAUCUGACUAAAGCACAGGAGAGAAUGAAGUAUUAUGCAGACAGAAGAAGAACUGAGAAGGAAUUUCAAGUAGGGGAUAUGGUAUAUUUGAAGUUACAACCUUAUAGGCAAACUUCCAUUGCCCUCAGAAAAAAUUUGAAACUAAGUUCCAAAUAUUAUGGUCCAUUCCAAGUCACUGCUAGGGUGGGUAAUGUUGCUUAUAAGUUGGCCCUUCCACCUGACAGUAAAGUCCACCCUCUAUUCCAUGUGUCACUUCUGAAGAAAAAGGUAGAAGAUAGGGUGGUCGUUCAAACAUCACUGCCUGCUACUAGGAAUGAUGGCCAAUUUAUGGUUAAACCAGUGGCAAUUCUGUAGAGACAACUCAUUAAGAGAAACAAUAUAGCUGUGGUGAAGGUACUGGUUCAGUGGUCCAAUCUUCCACCUGAGGAUGCAACUUGGGAAGACUAUGACUUCCUAAAGGCUAAGUUCCCAGAGUUUGAUAAUAAUCCUUGAGGACAAGGAUGGUUUUGAAGGGGUGAAGUAUGUCAUGAUCCUCAAUUAUAGAUAGAAAAUAUCAAUAGAAAUGCUGUUGCCAAGGAUCGAUAUGUGAAUAAGUGGAGUAGUGCAAUUAACUGCCAAUUAAAUCAACGGCUGUGAUAAGAGGUUCAUUUAAUUAGCUGGACGAUCGAGAUGAUGCCACAUCACCAGGUUGUUAUGAGUUGUUAUUUAACGACAAUGACAGGAGAGAGAAGAAUCAGAUUUGGAUCAGAGAGUUCAAGCAGUUGAGAAAAUGGCGGAAAGGAACAUGAAUGGUGGAUUUACACCACUGCUGGAAGAAAGACCGAAAGAGCCAUGGAAAGGAGGAGAGGUAGUGAAGAGCAUAAUGUGUGCAGGGCCAGAUGCCAUCGUCACUUCUUUCUCCCUCGUUUCUUCCAUCUCUGCCACCCAUCAUUCUUCUGUUGGUGUUUUAGUGUUGGGUUUUGCUAAUCUAUUGGCUGAUGGAAUAACGAAGGGCUUUGGGGAUUUUGUGUCCAGCAGAACUCAAAGGGAUGUAUCUCCCAAGAAGAGAUCAGCCACUGAGUGGGAUGUCAUCAACCAACACAGUCCCCAGAAGCAGGGAUUACUUCAACAGUAUCAAGCACUUGGAAUGGAUGUUACUGAUGCUAAUACUGUGGUGAACAUAUUUGCUAAGUAUAGGGACAUAAUGGUGGACAAGAAGAUGGCAACUGAUAAAGGAUCAUUGCCUCAAGAGGAGGUUGAGAAACCAUGGCGGAAUGGGCUAAUAACGUGUGCUGCCUUCGUUUUAUGUGGCUGUGCCCCUCUUCUGGCAUUCAUUGUGCUCAUCCCAUUCACGCACAAUAACACACACAAAUUCGUAGGUGCAUCUGUGUUUUCUGCUGUUGUGCUUGCACUACUAGGUAUUGCCAAGGCCAAGAUUGCAGGUCAGAGUUGUCUUCUCCCUGCGGCCCUCACCCUUUUGAAUGGAGCCAUUGCUGGGGCUGUUGCCUAUGGUAUUGGUUGGACACUUAGGAAUGUAGCUAGGCUAGAAGACUGAUACCCACUUGAAACGGAUAUAGGAUUUAAAGUUGAUGAGUUCUACAAACAACAACAUACUUAGUAUAAUCCCACGAGUGGAAAGUUGAUGAGUUCUAAAUCGAAUAAUUAUAGAAGCACUUUAACAGAUAAGCAAGUUUGUUUAUUAUUAUUUCAAUUUGUAAUGCAAACUUAUGCUGAUUUUCUCGCGUCUCCAACAAAAGACAGGAAGUA